GGGGGGGAGCCAGCUCAGGGAAGAGGGGGAAGGAGGUUGGUCGCGAUUCUCUCUCUCUCUUGCCCUCACUGCCGGCCAUCCUAGCUCCAGGCACCAUGUUCCGCGCGGGGUCCCCCAGCCACACCCUCCUCCGGGCCCCGCUGCUGCCGAUACUGUUGCUGCUCGUACAGGCGGUGGGGAGGGGGCAGGGCCGCGCCAGCCCGGCCGGGGGCCCCCUGGAAGACGUGGUCAUCGAGAGGUACCAUAUCCCCAAGGCCUGUCCCAGGGAAGUGCAGAUGGGGGACUUUGUGCGGUAUCACUACAACGGCACUUUUGAGGAUGGCAAGAAGUUUGACUCGAGCUAUGACCGCAACACUUUGGUGGCCAUCGUGGUGGGUGUGGGGCGCCUUAUCACCGGCAUGGACCGAGGUCUGAUGGGCAUGUGUGUCAACGAGCGGCGCCGACUCAUCGUGCCGCCCCACCUGGGCUAUGGCAGCAUCGGUGUGGCGGGGCUCAUUCCCCCGGAUGCCACCCUCUACUUCGACGUGGUCCUGCUGGAUGUGUGGAAUAAGGAAGACACCGUGCAGGUGAGCACCUUGCUGCGCCCACCCCACUGCCCCCGAAUGGUCCAGGACAGCGACUUCGUCCGCUAUCACUACAACGGCACCCUGCUGGACGGGACCAGCUUCGACACCAGCUACAGUAGGGGCGGCACUUAUGACACCUACGUGGGCUCCGGCUGGCUGAUCAAGGGCAUGGACCAGGGGCUGCUGGGCAUGUGUCCUGGAGAGAGAAGGAAGAUCAUCAUCCCCCCAUUCCUGGCCUAUGGCGAGAAAGGCUAUGGGACUGUGAUCCCCCCGCAGGCCUCCCUGGUCUUCCAGGUCCUACUGAUUGACAUCCACAACCCGAAGGACACCGUCCAGCUGGAGACGCUGGAGCUACCAGCCGGCUGUGUCCGCAGAGCCAUGGCUGGGGACUUCAUGCGUUACCACUACAAUGGCUCCCUGAUGGAUGGCACCCUCUUCGAUUCCAGCUACUCCCGCAACCACACAUACAAUACCUACGUGGGGCAGGGUUACAUCAUCCCCGGGAUGGACCAGGGGCUGCAGGGCUCCUGCAUGGGGGAGCGCCGGAGGAUCACCAUCCCCCCGCACCUGGCCUAUGGGGAGAACGGCACUGGAGACAAGAUCCCCGGCUCGGCUGUGUUGAUCUUCGAUGUCCAUGUCAUUGACUUCCACAACCCUGCGGACCCCGUGGAAAUCAAGACACUGUCCUGGCCCCCUGAGACCUGCAACGAGACCGCCAAAUCUGGGGACUUUGUUCGCUACCACUACAACUGCUCUCUGCUAGAUGGCACCAAGCUCUUCUCCUCGCAUGACUAUGGCGUCCCCCAGGAGGCAACUCUGGGGGCCAACAAGGUGAUCGAAGGCCUGGACAAGGGCCUGCAGGGCAUGUGUGUGGGAGAGAGGCGGCAGCUCGUGGUCCCCCCGCACCUGGCACAUGGGGAGAGUGGAGCCCGGGGGGUCCCUGGCAGUGCUGUACUGAUGUUUGAGGUGGAGCUGGUAUCACGGGAGGAGGGGGUGCCUGACGGCUACCUGUUUGUGUGGCACGAGGACCCUCCUGCCAACCUUUUUGAAGACAUGGACCUCAACAAGGAUGGCGAGGUCCCCCCAGAGGAGUUCUCCACCUUCAUCAAGUCUCAAGUUAGUGAGGGCAAAGGACGCCUCAUGCCGGGGCAGGACGCAGAGAAAACCAUCGGGGACAUGUUCCAGAACCAGGAUCGCAACCAGGAUGGCAAGAUCACCGUUGAAGAGCUCAAGCUUAAGUCGGACGAGGACCAGGAGCGCGUCCACGAGGAGCUCUGAGGGCCUGGGCCCAAAUGCAAAGGCCCACUUCUGGGGGGCAGUGGGCAGGGGAGCUGACUCCUAACAGUCACUGACCCUCUGCUGCAAUGAGGUCUGAGAGCAUCUGAAAAGUGGUCAGAGGAGACAGCUCUGGUCUUCCCACCAGCCCAAGAGUAAUAUCCACAGCACAGACCUCUACUUGGUUUCUGUCUUCCAACCCCACACCACUUCCUUACAAAUUUUGCAAAACUUCCUUACAAGAGUCACAAAGCCAAUCUGGGGAUUGGUGGAGUCUGGGGUUGGAUGGGACCAUUGCUGGCCCCUCACCCACACCUCUGCGUCACCAGACACUGAGAAAGGCCAAGCUCAUCAUUUCUUGAUUUCCCCAAACUUCCCCUCUAUUUGUACUUUACCUCCCCAUCCCCUCCCCACUACCUCCAGCCCCCAUUCCUGUCAUGGCAGCUCCCCAGGAGCAUGAACCAGGGCUGGCAGGGUCCCCCCAGCCACCCUCCCUCAGCUCUGCUGGCUCCAAGGGAAGGGGGCUGCUCUAGGAGGGCAGCCCUAUCUCACCUAUUUGGUCCCACCCCCCUCUCUCCCCUGGGGUGUUACAGGUCAGGGCUGGGCUGUCACCUUUCAUCCCUAAAGAGGGCUGCCUUCUCUAAGGGACUGAGGAAGAGGAAGAAAAUGAAAGGAUUGGGGUAAAGAAACCUACUUCGAUGGAUCUUAAGGCUAGGAAAUACAUGAAACCCUUGGUUCGGG